AGCCUCCACUCAAGCGCACCAGGGCUGCGUGGUGUUAGGAGAGGAGCAGAAUUUCUUAUGGUCUUUCGCCAUUCAUGCAGCUCAGAUUAAGAUAAUAAGUAUUUCCACUUACAGGUGAUGCUAUUUUUAUCUAGUUAUUUGGCAGCAUCAGUUGAGGUCCCAGCCUCUCCACGAACUUCCAUCUGUGCAAGAUGCAACAUUUUGUACGUUUAAUUCACUCUAGAGGUGCUGUUACGCCUGAAAAUUUCUUCCACUUAUUCAUCUUUCUGUGCCCAAAGUGCAAAACUUGUGGAUUCAAAAGGAAAUUUACAUGAAAUUUACAUUUACAUGAAAUGGUACCCUCUCCUACGUUGCCUUUUCUGCCACUCCUACCUCUUUAAGAACUCCCCUCCUCCCUUUCUCCACCCCAGUGGACCCGGAAAAGCGAAGUGAACUCUCCGCUAUUUUGGAAGGAGCGACGGCGUUGAAGCCCCCAUGGAACCCGGUGGUGCCAACGUGUAUGAAGAGGCGCUGGGGAACGGGCCGCCCCCCGAUGGCCAGGGGAUCGACGUUUUAAAUGGGCCUAUCCAGAACGGCGCAGAGGUUCAGUUGGAUGACUUUGUGGGGGCUCACGCUGAGUACAAUGAAGAAGAGGAGGAGUCCAAGUACUUCCGCCGCAAGCGUUUUGGCGUGAUCAAGAACCUUGUGGCAGCCAGUGUGGGAGCAAUGCUGACCUAUGGUGUCUUUCUAGGCCUGCUGCAAAUGCAGCUCAUCCUGCACUAUGAUGAGACCUACCGGGAGGUGAAAUAUAGCAACCUGGAACUGCAGAAUAUUGACAGCAAGAUGCUGAUGGGCAUCAACGUCACACCGAUUCUUGCCCUGCUCUAUACUCCGAUCCUCAUCAGAUUCUUUGGCACCAAAUGGAUGUUCUUCUUGGCAGUGGGUGUCUACGCACUCUUUGUCUCCACCAACUAUUGGGAGCGCUACUAUACCUUGGUGCCGUCGGCUGUGGCAAUCGGGGCGGCCAUUGUGCCACUCUGGGCUUCCAUGGGCAACUACAUCACCCGGAUGGCACAGAAGUACUAUGAAUAUGCACACUACAAGUUGGAACAUGUCCAGGAGCAGAGAAAGGCACCACGCGGGGCCUACAACUCCUACAUCAUUGGCUUCCAGACUAUCUUUUAUGCCUUCUUCUAUCUCAGCUUUGUCUGUGCCCAGUUUCCCAUGUUUUUCUUCCUGAAGUGGCAUCUCUCUGAUUUGAACCACACACUCUUCAAUGUGCGCCAGUGUGGGGCUGGGAGCCAUGGGAUCCUCACAGGGUUCAACACCACGGUUCUACAGAAGCUGCCACGCAGCAGCGAGCUCAUCACAGUGGAGAGUGUGCUCAUGGGAGUGGCCUUCCUCUCCAUGCUUCUGGUGUUGCUCCUGUGUGGCUCAGCCUAUCGCCCCACUGAGGAGAUUGAUUUGCGCAGCAUUGGCUGGGGCAACAUCUUCCAGCUGCCUUUCAAGCACAUGCGAGACUACCGCCUGCGCCACCUCAUCCUCUUCUUCAUAUACAGUGGGUUUGAGAUGGUCUUUUUCUGCACUGGCUUUACCCUAAGCUAUGGUGUCUGCUGCAUCGGCCUGGAACGCAUGGCUUACAUCCUCACCACUUAUGGACUCUCGUCUGCUGUCUGCUCCGUCCUGGGGCUCUCGAUGCUGUGUUUGCCUCGCCAAGUUCCCCUGCUUGCUGGAGCCUCUGUCCAUGUCAUCCUCUUGAUUGCCCUCUUCUGCUGGGAGCCUCACGCCCAUAGCUUAGGCGAAGCAGCCAUGCUCUAUCUGGUGGCUGCCCUCUGGGGUCUUGGCAGUGCCCUGAACAAGACAGGCCUCAGCUCACUCCUGGGGAUACUUUAUGAAAACAAAGGGCGGCAGGACUUCAUCUUCACCAUUUACCACUGGUGGCAAGCCAUGGCCACCUUUGUUGUUUAUCUGUGGUCUGGACUGCCCAUGAAGGCUAAGUUAUCCAUCAUGCUCGUUACUCUAGUAGUGGCAGUAUUAUCCUACCUGUGGAUGGAAUAUAAAGUAGCCCAGUUAAUCCCGCAUCGCCUCCCCAAGAUUCCCAAGCCACGGCACAAGGUGCGGGGCUACUGCUCCCUGAAAGAUGACAGCUCUGAUGAAAGUGACUCCGACAGGGAAGACGAGGAGGAGAGUGGCUCUUCAGAAGGGGAGGGACCGAAUGGCCUGCAUAACCAACUUCACUGCAGGAACAGAUGUUUAUAUGAGCAGGCCCUGGGGGAGGAAGGCAGGGAUAAUGUGGGCUAGCUCCUGCCCUAGUCUCAUCUGUCCUGGUUGGGACAUGACUCUCAAAUGCCUUAGGCUUCAGCCUCUCUCAGUUGCUAGAGUCCUCUUUCGGUUACCUGGCCUGCUAUGUCUCAACUUUGUCUUCGGACCAUAGACUCUGUGAGCUGUUCCUCUACCUCGCUUCUCACAUUUCAGCCCCCUUGGGCUCAUGCUCUAGCUUAAGGAGAAGAUUGAAAGCCACAUUUGCUGACAAAGGUUCUUCAUGCUUUCCCUGCCUAAUCUCUGCCUGCAUUCCUGAUCUCCAUCUCCAAAGGAUGGGAGAUACCAGAUCCACAGGCAUUUUCCCACAGAACAGCCUAAGUGAAUUGUGAAAAAUCAGUACAAGGUACAAAACAUCAAUGCUUAAGAUGUGUAAGCUCCUGGAGGUUGCACAAAGAAGGGAGAUUAUAUUGAUGUUUUCUUAUUCUUCAGAAACAACUGGCAAUAAAGUCUCAGUACAUUUUCAUAUA